GGUACGACAAGUUUUUGGAGGCUAACAAAAAGAAAAACGACGAAGAAUGCACGUCGAUUCUGAGGCAUUUGGUAGAGGAAUUGCCGGAUCACCACAAGUCGACGUUGAAGUUCAUUAUGGGCCAUUUGUGCAGAAUUUGUCAGCUGGAAUACGCCAGAGGGAAUAAAAGUCCGCCUACAGUUCUGGUGCAAGUUAUGUGCCACAUAUUCUUGAGGCCGCCAUGGGAACGAAUUAUCCAAGUGGUUUACAACACCCAGGCGCACAACCGAAUCGUGGAACUACUGCUACUUUACUGUGAUUGGGGGGAGACACUUCCCGAGUUUGCGUCAGCCCCCGCCAUACCCCCGAGGAAGGUAUCGCUGAUGGGCGGUACCGGAGCCACCUCCGCUGGUGCCAGCGGAACCGUUUACCACAGCAUGGUGGAAAGGGAGAAGGAGAAACCUGCGGUACCAGUGUCGCUCCAAGACGCCGAAUGGUACUGGGGCGACAUCAAGCGGGAGGAAGUGAAUGAGGUGCUGGCUGAUACCGUUGACGGUACAUUCUUGGUACGAGACGCCUCUAACAAGUGCGGCGAAUAUACGCUUACUUUGCGCAAAGGCGGCGCGAAUAAGCUGAUAAAAAUUUGCCACAGAAACGGCAUGUACGGUUUUACAGAACCAUAUACCUUCCAGUCUGUCGUCGAACUGAUUGAACAUUUCCGCAACGAUUCUUUAUCUCAGUACAACGCUUCUUUGGACAUCAAGCUCAUGUAUCCGCUAUCCAGGAACAACCAAGAGGAAGAGCUAGCCAAAUCCGAGAAAGUCGAAAAGCUGGUCGAAAAAUUGAUACUGAUCAACAAAACAUUGGCGAAGAAAAACAAAUUUUCAGAAGGCGUAUCCAAGGACUUCAACGAAACAUCCACGGAAGUCCAAACGAAAAGGCACGCGUUGGAUGCAUUGAAAGAACUCGUGCAAGUAUUCAGAGAUCAAACUAUUAUCCAAGAGAAGAUUCAGAGCGAAGCCCAGCCUCACGAGAUAAAAAGUCUCGAAUUCAACUAUGAACUGUUGAAGAAGCGCUUAGCUUUGAUGUCGGAAAGUUGCGAGCAGUUGGAGGAAAUUUUGAAGCAAAAGGAAGCGUACAAGAAAGUAUUAGAAAGGGAACUGACCGCGCUCAAGCCUGAGAUACACAAUUUGCUGCGCGAGAGAGACAAGCACAUUAGGUGGUUGCAAAUGAGAGGAUAUUCAGCAACAAAAAUCAAUCAGAUUCUGCAUAAGCACGUCGAUGACAACUCCGAAGAUUGCGAGGUUGACAUCGACGCGUUACCACAUAAUGAUGAACACACCUGGUUGAUGUUGAACUGUUCCAGGGAGGACGCCCAAAGGUUGCUAGAAGGUAAACCGGAUGGUACUUUUUUGGUCAGGAAAUCCAGACAGCAAAACAAGUACGCCCUUUCUGUCGUAUGCAACGGAAGUCCAAACCAUUGCAUCAUAAAUGAAACACCAAAAGGUUUGGGAUUUACAGAACCGUACAAUAUUUAUCCGUCUUUGAAAGAUUUGGUUUUGCAUUAUGCUACGAAUUCGUUGGAAAUCCAUAAUGAUCUGCUGAAUACGGUGUUGGCUUACCCGAUUUUGGCCUACAAUAGCAACUACAUGAACCGCGAGAAUUCCAUGUAUGUUACUUGAGCGAAUUGUUUUGUGAUAAUUUUUGAGCUGCUGUGACUUUUUAUAUUCCCAUUAUAUGUUUCAUUGUGAUGCUGAUAUUUGUGAAGGACAAUUAACAAAUUUUUAUUCAGAUGCGUAUUAUAUAUAAAUUUAUAUCUGUCAAGGACUGGUUGAACUUUUUCGGACAUUUCUGCCUAAAUCGCCAGGUCUGAAUGACUGUGAUAGUGAACUAAAGAUGAGCUAAAACGCGUACUUAUAAAAACUAUUUUGUGUGCUAUGAUACAUCUAGUAAGUGGUAUGCAAUCUGUUGAUAGUUCACUGCCCUUUCCAUACGCUCAUUACCGGUACUGAAAUACAUAACGUGGCAUUUGAGACAUUAAUUUUACAAGGUAAAAUUAGAUUCUAUUACUUGGCUUUUGUUUCAACACGGGUUUGGCCAGCGGAAUCACGAUUAAUUUUCUGUAAAAUUAGUAUUUCUACUAACCUGAGAAAUGCCCAUUAUUAAUCACAAUCCUCCAGUCAGACGGAGUUUUUUCUCCCUAGGCGAUUGAUGCUAAAGAAAGGACACCCAUUAUCAUUUUGACAGUUGAACGUUAAAUUUCAGGAUAGUUGAAAACUACAAAGGGUAUAAAAGUUUUGCAAUACUGCUUUAUUUAUUGACUUCCUUCAAAGUCACUAAGCAUUGUUCCGUGUAUCACUUAGCUGUGACUAUCCCUCUCGAUUUGAAAAAUGCAGCUAUCAUUUUUCUCUUGAAAGAUCGGGAUUUUUUGACAGCUGCGGGUGUGUCCUCAUCAAAGACCCAAACUUUGUUUUGAGCGUCCUCCAAAGUGAAAUUGCACCUUUGGCUGCUCUACGUCACCACGAUACGAAUGAACAAUUAAAUCAACAGACGUGCGCCUUGCGGCUACUAUGCACUCAUGGACGCGUCUCAAUAUGCGGUCAUCGCAAACUUUUAUAGCACCCUGUGUUACAUAUUGCACGAUUUUCUCUCGUACACGUUACGACGUCGGCCAAAUUUAACCUCGGCGUAUCUCACACCUGUUACAGCUCUAUCUGGCUAUUUUUGCUGUAAACUUUCUAUAAAAAGACAAAUUUUAUCCCAGUGACGUAGAAUCUCGCGUGUCCAGGAUAUUGUUGGAUAGGGUAUUAAAAUUAUCAACACUUUGUAUGCAUGGCAUUAAGUAUGGUAUAUCUGUAAUGUUUUCUACUCCAUGCAAAGCACUAAUAUGAUAGAAAAUUAGAAUAGAUAGGGUUCCAAAUGGUACCUAAUCUUUAGAAAUAUGCUUGAUAUAACUUUCUCUGAAAUGUUAUUGAAUGUAACAAAAUUUCUUCUGCCCCAAUGUGGUAUGGAAAUUUGCUAGAAUAUUGCAGAACUUAGUUUCUAUACAUAUUAUCAUUUCUAUAUUUUGAAAAAUAUCACAGAUUGAUGCAACAAAUGCGUUCAAAACCAAUAUUUGGUAUAUAAAUUAUUUAUUGCAUAGUUUUUUAAAAAUGUUUGCUGAUGUUUGUAGCAUCAUUAUGGAAAACAAGGUGUUCUUGAUAAUUUCACCAUAAUUAUUUACAAUGAGCAGGUAAAGUCAAUGAUUGGGUACCAUCUAUAUUUGACCAAAAAUUAGAUGUCUCCACGUUACGAAUUUCGAUUAUAAACCUUGCUAUUCAUUUGAUCGAAUUGGGAUCAUAAUUUCAUGUUUAUAUAUUUUGAUUCACUGCGUAUAAUACUAUGGACAAAUUUGUCUAUUAUAGUGAAGUGAAUUGCCAUUAAAAGUAUUCCAGAACGUAUUUGCUAGAUGUGAUGUUCAGUAUAAAAAAAGCUAUUUUAAACAAAAUUGUUCUUCAUAUUGGAAAAAGGGCGUAAAGUACUCUGUCUCCGGAGAUAUGUAGGCUGUAUAACACUUAUUUUUCAUAUUUUUUUUGCCUACGACAUAGUCAUUAUUUAAAUACGUCUUUUGGUAUACAAUUCAAAUCAAUUUCAAAUCCUUACUUUAUGGUCAUCAUUCGAUAUUUGUCAGUGUACCUUAAGGUGACACGUCCCUUUUUCAGCAGUAUUCUAAAUCUUUUUCAUCUGAUAAUUUCAUGGUGUGUACAAAUCAAUGUUUUUGUCAAAAAAUGAAUUUUUUUCUUCAAUCGGGACAAACAUAAGUACAGCUCUGAAAUUGUGUGUGAAUAUUCCUGUGUUAUGGAGGAAUGAAACAAGUGAUUCCUUUUGUUCUUAUCACUUUUCCUUUUCGAAACAUCUUUGCUUUUCUCGAACACUCAACUUGCUGCAAGACGAGGCUUCAAGGAAAUCAAAGUAAUCACUCGUUUCAUUUUUCCAUAAAAGAGGAAUAUUCUCGCACAAUUUCUGAGCCGUACUUAUGUUUGUUAACAAAAAACUAAUUGAGGACAUUUAGCAUCAUUGAAUUUCACCACCUAACAAACAGCAAUUUAUUUUUGCUUAAUACUUAUAUACCGAGAUAUGUAGGCAAACACGUUAGACUUGCAGUGGACGUGUUUAAAUUUUGUAAAAUGAACGUUUUGACUUUGGAUAUAAUGGCAUUUGAAAGGUCAAAUUACUAUUGCAGUACAUUCCGCUUUGACGAUGAUAAGUGAAAAUACAGACAGUACUUCAUGUGGCAAAGGUUGGGUAGUAAGACAAAUUUCUAAGGCAAUUCUCUUCAUCAGGUAUACACAAACAACAUUUAUAUUAUACUGUAAAAUUGAAUGAUGUAUAUACGUGAAAGGAGAAAAUUAGCCAUUUGUUCAAGUAGUAUUUCUGAUAUGUAAGGUUCCAAGGAACAUUGUAUACAGGUCCCUAUGGGAUGAUACAAAAAUUUAAUUAUAUCAGUGACUCAAAAGUACAUUUUUGUGAGCUGCGUAUUUUCAUUGCAGGCCUAUACCUGGUAUUAUGAUUUGCCUUUAAAAAACAUUCUAGAUAAUGGCUAGAGCUUACUAAAACUAUGAUAUUAUAACGCAUAUUAUUUUUUAAGUUGCUGAUUUAUCUUGUGUUGAAGAAAAUUGUGCCAUAAUGAAUAAUAUUAUGGAGCUUCAAAUACUACAAAGUACAUGUCGUGUCUCAGAAAUCUUGCAAUAUUUGUCAAUAAUAUUUUUGCCACACCAUCCAAUUUUGCAAAAGGUGUAUUGUGACAGCGCCUAGCAAAAUCAGGAGUCCCUGAAAAAUUUACUUUUCGGUGCUUUUACAGAAAACUAAGAAUUUUAGGAACCGGGCGGCCCGGGGUUCAAACUUAAAUAAACUUUUGAUUUCAUCGGAUUCUUGGGAUAAAAAGCUGGUGUUUCGAUUCCCAACAUUUCGGCGUUUAUUUUACACCUUAAGACACAAAAACAGACACUAGGACAAGAACUGUAUUUGAAUAGACUCCUUUUGGAUUAAUUCCAGUUGCUUAUAAAAGUUUUGGUCUAUUUAAUAUGCUUUAUUUAAAACGGCAUUGCAUUAAGGGCUUGACAACUUUCUUUUUAAAUAAAACGAAAAUCAUUUGAGACAUCUCGGAAAUUUUUUUGUUGGAUUGAAAAAUUUAUGUAUCGUCCAUAUGUGCAUCAGAUGCACCUUUCGGUACGAAAUUUUAAUUAUUUGUAAGCGUUGUUCGUUCACCAUGAAGAAAAUGUUUUCUUUGCGUUGCGUUCACGGUGAAAGUUCAAAGUUAAGUCCCUAUUGGAAAACCCGAUACUUUUAAGAAACAAUAAAUAUUUUCAAGAAAUCUUGAGCCUUCGUACAAGGUUUGUGGCCCCGAUCCUUCCAGUCAAAUUCUAGCCCUGAAUACAACCAGUAGAUGUAUCAGAAACAAUAUAUUGCAUAUCAUCUUUGACACCCAUGUAUUGGGAAAUCUACCAUUAGCCGAUCUUGCAUCUCGUUGCCAGGUAGACUCUAAGGCAUGAUGAGCAAAAAAAAACUUUUUGGGAGCUGAAAGAAUACGUUUUUUUUUUCUUUUAAACCCAACUAAUAGAACGCGUGUAUUCUAUUAGCUUUUAUUUUAUACAUUGGUGCAAUACACUUGAAGUGUAUAUUAUCCCAAGUACAAACGUAUUGUAAUAAUUUUAUAUUUUGUUAUUUUUCUCAUUUUCUUUAUUUAAGUUUUAAAAACCUGAAAUAUAUAUAUCUAGAAUGUUUUUCAUCUUUAUUUUAUUCCCUUUCAAUGUAGACGUACUAUGUCAAGAUUAUUGAACCAGUCUGAAUGUAUGUUUAAUAAUACUUGAAAAGUUUAAUAUUUUUUGAAAUGACAUGUAAGUGUGAAAUAUAUGUGAUAG